AUAAAACCCACGUCCAACGAUGUCGACGAAGACGAUCAAGUUGAAGAGCUCCGACGGUGUAUCGUUCGAGGUCGAGGAAGCGAUCGCAAUCCAAUCAAAGACGAUAGGGAACAUGGUUGAAGACGAUUGCGCGGGGGAUGUAAUCCCUCUUGCGAACGUCACAAGCAAGAUCCUGGAGAUGGUGAUCGAGUACUGCAAGGAGCACGUGGCUGAUUCUUCGACGGGGGACGAAAAGAGCAAAGAAGAAGAUCUCAAGAAGUGGGACGCUGAGUUCAUGAAGAAGAUCAAACAUCCCAUUCUCUUUGAUGUUAUGAUGGCUGCGAAUUAUCUCAACAUCGAAAGCCUUCUUGAUCUCACAGCUCAAACCGUCGCUGAUCUGCUCUCACUAGGCAAAACUCCAGAACAGCUCCGCGCACAGUUCAACAUCGCCAAAGAUCUCACAGACGAGGAAGAAGCUCAGAUUCGCAGCGAGAAUCAAUGGGCUUUCGAAUGAUCUGCAUCAAUGUUAGCUGAAUCACUGAGUUCGUCUAUAUCGAUCCUUCUUUUUUUGCAGUUUUAAUUCAUGCAAUGUAGUCAUGUAGAUGAUGAUGACUUCGUCUAUCUCUUCUGAGUGUGUUUUCUUCAUGUGUGUUGUCUUGCUAUAGAGACGAUCUUUUGUUUGGUAUUCAUAUAAGUAAACCAAAUCUCAAGAUCGAUCCAUGUUGUCAAUAAAGUCUUUAGUUUCUCAAACAAUUCUUGAAUAUA